UGCGCGCAUGCGCAAUUCUCUCGCGGGAGCUCCAUCGUCCAUGGAAGGGCCACUUUUACUUUGCGCUAUGGCGAACAGUGUAGAAGACGAUGCCAACUUAUUUAAAGGCUCAAAGAUAUCUGUUAUGGUAGAGGAGGCUUUAAUCGAUGUUAUCAUAGUUUCUUUUCACUAUGGCAGUAAAAUAUUUCAAGGAGCACUUCUCGAUGUGACCAAAAAGAAUGUCCCGUUUGGGAUAAGGGGAGUUCCCGAAGAAGUGGAUGAUCGUUUUCACGCCCUUAAGCAGCGCCACACGUACUUUCAAGAAAAAUCUGACCAAGUGGGCCGUACAUGGUCCAAGAGUCGAAAGCCUCGGCGUGACCAGAGCGUGCGCAUGCGACGACUCCGACCGCGCCAAGUCCUUUGCUCUCACUGCCGGGCCAUCUGCAACGAGAACUCCGAGAACGUCCAAUUGGCCAAUGUGAAGAAAGCUGUUGUACCCGUCGCUGUCGUGAGCGACGCACCAGAGACGUACGCCAGCAUGGCGGUUGAAAAUGCUGAGCUGCCAACGAGUGCUGGAAGUUUUUUACCCAAGAGCGAAUAUCAGGCUCUGGCACAACCCACCAGCAACCGUAUGAUUCUACGGAAACGCAAGGCCGAGAAAACUAAGACUAGUCCGGUGAUCAAGAUCUCCUUUGCCAAUCCACAGGGGAAAGGAACGGUGGUGAAAAUCCCCGCCAAACUUCAGUCGACGAGCGAGGACGGACGCCGCAAAGCGCUCAAGCGAGCGCGCAGAGAACACCACCGCGCGAACCAUCACAAACACAAACGCAAGAGAAAACACAGGGACGAGGACGAGGCCCCUCCCCCGAUGGAACCGUCCGAACCGUACGUGGGUCAGAAGCUGUCCAUCAGCUUACGCAGGCUAGGGUCGCAGGCAUACAUGCGCUGCAGCCCGAGGGACGACAGCAGCGGAUCCGAGUGCGGAGACGUGCCGGAGUUCCCCAAGUUGGACCCCGCGCGCGACGGCGACAGGAUGAAGCCGCUGAUGAUGCGCAUCAGCACGCACACGGUCAAGCGGUGCACGCUGGAGACGGGGCGCGAAAUGGCGGUAGGCGACAUUGUGUGGGGAAAGAUCCACGGCUUUCCCUGGUGGCCGGGCAAGGUGCUCGCGUUGACCAUCUCGCAGAGGGACAACGGGGUCACCAUCAAUCAGCAAGCGCACGUGGCAUGGUUCGGCUCGUCCACCUCCUCCUACAUGCCGUGCCACCAAUUGACACCUUUCUUAGAUGACUUUAAGGUGCGAUACAACAAAAAGAAACGUGGGCCUUACAAGGAAGCCAUUCGCCAAGCAACUUUAGAGGCCCAGCAGGUAGCCGCCACGAGAGGUCCCAGUCCUACCUGAUGGAAAAAAUGACCGCAAAGCUACAGGGUAUAAUUGUGAUGGUAGGUUCUAGUCAUCAGUCAUGUGCCUUUAGUGGGGGUUUUGUUGCUGGGACAUGAAUUCCCUCUUGUGCUCAAGUAUGGAAGGUCCCUUCCUGGCCUUUAGAGAAAAAAUGUCUUUCUGAGCCAAGUACAAAGAAAGCCCCAACUGUGAUCACUGUUAGAGUGGACACUAUUUGCAGCAAUUGUAUAAAGUGUACAUAACGUGUAAAUACUAAUAAAAACAAUGUUGCCAUUACCUUUAA